UCUGUCACAGUCUGUCACCCUUGCGAUGAACAACUUCCCCAAGAAAGAUGUAAGCGGAAUGCCUUCGCAAUCAAGACCACGCGGAAUUACUGGCCCGGGAUCGGGCAGUUCGGGGCGGCCUGCCGUAACGGCGCCCAUGUCCGAGCGACAGCAAAUGGCCCUGCUGAUGCAAAUGACCUCGUCGACCGGCGCCGAAGGAGAAAUGAGUCCCGGAUCGUCUGGAAGUGGUAUCGGAGCAGGUGGAACCGGCACGACGGGUGGUGGUGGAGGACCUCACUCGCGCCGGGACCGAAUCAAUGAGCGUGGCGAAACGGCACUGCAUUUGUCCUCGAAAAAGGGUGACCAGGAAACGGUCAAAAAGCUGCUCGAGCAGGGCUCAAACCCGAAUGUGACGGAUUUUGCUGGGUGGACCCCGCUGCACGAGGCAUGCAACCACGGCCACUACAAUGUGGCGCUGGCGUUGAUCAAGGCCGGUGCCAACAUCAACGCGACCGGACUCGAGAACGACACCCCGCUGCACGACGCCGCCAUCGUGGGCCAGCUGAAGCUGUGCAAGAUGCUGAUCGAGCGGGGCGCCGACCCGACCUUCAAGAACCAGAAGGGCAAACAGCCGUGCGAUGUGGCCGCACCGGCCGUGUACAACUACCUGCUGCAAGCGCGAGACAAUGCCGGCAACCGGAUGCAGCUGAAGAAGCCCUCGGACGGUUCCUCGGGAACCUCGGGCAGUUCCACCACUGGCAGCGGCGGCAGCAGCAGCAGCAACAGUAACAAAAAGACCUCCUCCUCAUCGAACCAGCCCCAGCCAGACAGCGAUGCGGACGAUACCACCGGCAACACCGUAUCCGGCGGAAACAAUCCCGGCUCCGGGUCAUCGUCGGCGGGGGCAAACACGGCCAAGGACGAGGACGACAUCUACGAGUUCAAGUCUACCCCGAAGGACUCGAGUGCGAGUUCGAGCGAUGAAAAGGAGAGUUCCGGCGGGGACAAGGGGGAGAAGGGGAGCGGUGGUGGUGGGGAGGACAGUUCGGCGAGUGCGGGGAAGCGGCCGUUUUCCGAGGUGAACGAUGCGACCGAUGAUAGCGGGACUGGGCCGACGAAUGAGGACGAUAACAAGAGAAAGAAGCGAAAGGAUUCUGACACGACGAACAAGGAGGCGGGAAAGGGAGGGGCCGGGGGGAGUCGAGGUUCGGCACCGCGGCAGGAAAAGGGGGGGAAGAGUUCUGGGCCUCCUGGGAAGGGGCUUGGGUUGGCGGGGAAGAAUGUGCUGGACAGGAAGAGUCCUUGCGCGAGUCCGAAACCUUCUUCGAGUAGUUCGUCUGGGGGGACGAAUAAGGGUUCGUCGGCGAUGGCCAGCAGUAACGACAGUGAUGGUGAGGGGGAUGAUGCCGGUGGCAAGAAUAAUGAUUCCGGGUUCACGAGUAGUGGUCCGAAGGUGCCCCCGUUGAAGAUUGUGAUCCCGCAGCAGAGCUCCAGCAACGAUGCCGAAACCGGCGGAAGUUCUCGCAAUGGUAAAAAUGCUUCCACGAGGAACCAUGCGGCGCUUCCGUACGUGGUGGCCUCAUCGAACAGCAACGAUUCCAGCGCAGACAAGGAAAGCACCUCGUCACGAUCGGCCAGCCCAUCAGAUUCGAAAAGUUCCGAUGAAAAGGGAACUUCCAAGUCUGAAGAUCGUCAACAGCAGCCGCGAGUCCUGCGAAGUCAUCGCGGAGGUGGCAAUGGGACGUCGUCCUCGGAGGGAGGUCGAAGCGGCAAGGACAAUCAGGGCUCGGUAGAUCGGUCCAACAAUUCGUCUCCGCAGAUGCAGCAGAGCAGUGCCGCACCGUCGCCAGCUUCAAACAGUGGAGACGCUGCCGGUGGCUCGGGAGGAAGCUCGGGCCAAGGAAAAGACGGCAACAACGCAAGUCCCAGUGGAGGGAAUCAUAAGGAUGGUGACUCGGAAGCCGGGAGCGGCAACCCCAAAAGUCCACCCGUCACCGCAAGCUCGUCUUCAGCCACAACAACCACAACCGGUGGCAACUCCGGAUCCACCUCCAACCAAUCCAAUCAAUCGAACGCGGCCAGCUCGAGUUCCACCUCGGAAACGGCCGUCCAUCCGCGCAAGCGUAAAAUUAAAACCAGCAAAGAUCAAGCGGCAACCGCCGGAGGCAGCAGCGGCAGUUCCGCCACUCCGUCCACUUCAACUUCAGCCUCCAGCUCAUCCGCCAACGACGAACGCAAGGAAAUCAAAGACGAAACCCCGGAUGUCCACCCGCACGAUCAACCCAUCACCAACUGCUACCAGAUGUUCUUGAACAUCCGUCGGCAGAUCGAACGCCGCCAGCGAAACCUCUUCCCCGUGCAGCCAAAACCCCCGCAAGGCUUCAAAGACUACCUGCUAAACCGGUGCGCGUACGCCCUCGCCGGGAAAUCCCCCUCCGAACCCAACAUCCAACCCCCAACCAGUCUCGCCUCGCAGAUGAAGGAACUCUUCACCGCCCAGGAAAAGGAACGCCACAAGCUCAAAAUGCAGCACAUCGUCGAAAAGGAAAAGCUCGUCCUGGCCGUCGAGCAGGAAAUCCUCCGCGUCCACGGCCGUGCCGCCCGGGCCCUCGCCAACCAAUCGCUCCCCUUCUCCGUGUGCACCAUCCUCAAAGACGCCGAAGUGUACAACAUCAUCACCCCCGAGCAAGAAGAAAAAGACCGCAACGCCCGGUCCCGCUACAACGGCCGGCUCUUCCUCAGCUGGCUCCAGGACGUGGACGACAAGUGGGAAAAGAUCAAGGAAGCGAUGCUGCUGCGGCACCACAACGAGGCCGAGAGUCUGCACGCCGUCCAGAAGAUGGACUGGGAGUGGAAAAUGAAGGAAAAUCUGCUCUGCGAGUUCAAGGCCAAGCCCGUCAUCGACGACACGCAGGUGCCCAUGGUGAACGUGAGCGACGAUUUCGACCUGCUGCCGGCGUAAUAAGGGGGCGCUCUUUAUUCUCUAUUUAGGUUCUGUAAGCAGUGUGUAAGAUAUUCAUGCGGCGAUUUGUCGUCGUAGUAAGGCGCAUGUGCGUUAGGCUGACUUUGCGUUGUAAGGUGUAAAGCAGUUGAUAAAGUACGAAUAAGAGCUACUUUUAACAAUA